GCCCUUGGACUUCUCCAGGCUAUUUCUGGACAUCGAGGAUGACCUGACUGAUGGCCACGCCAGCCCAACCAAUGCCCCCAGCCUCGUGCUUCUGCAGGCCCCGCUGGGUGCCUGCAUGCCCACUGGAGUGCUCCAUCCCAGGGAGGCCAUUUCUAGGCCAGCGGAAGGAGCCUGUGUGUUCACCUGGCGGCCCAAUUUGUGCCCUAAUUUCCUAAGAAGCCCCUGGGACAGCAGCUGGCACCUGAGUGAGUCAGCAGUCGGAAAGUUUUCCAUCUGACAUGAUGGCCAAAGCAUACUGACCAAUUCCAGAAGCCCAGGGUGGACCUAGUGACUUCUGCCUUAGAAACCUGACAGGAAGAGGAACACAAGGGGGCUACAGGGUCCAUCUCGGCCAUGACCAGGUCUCACUCGAGGAGCAAAAGGCACCUUGAAGCUCCAGGCUGGCUACUUCCGAAGCCCCCGACCCCAUGGAGGAGUGGGAUGUCCCACAGAUGAAGAAAGAGGUGGAGAGCCUCAAGUACCAGCUGGCCUUCAAGAGGGAGAUGUCGUCUAAGUCCAUCCCUGAGCUCCUCAAGUGGAUUGAGGAUGGGAUUCCCAAGGACCCCUUCCUGAACCCCGACCUAAUGAAGAACAACCCCUGGGUGGAGAAGGCCAAGUGUGCCAUCCUGUGAGCCUGAUGAGAGCAGUGUCAGCUAC